UGGCGCGCGCCGUUGUUUUCAUUUUUGUCCCUUUUUGGCGCAACGUUGGAUAGAGGAGAAGAUUGUCGGGAUUAUUGCAUUAAAUCGGAGAAUUGUUGGGCGAAAGAGGGAAUAAUGACUCUGUUCCCGUCCGCCCUCAGUGAGGAGGAAGAAGCUUUGCAGAAGAAAUAUGCCAAACUCAAAAAGAAGAAAAAGGCAUUGAUGGCUUUGAAGAAACAGAGUUCAGCAGCUCAGACCAACCAGGGUGGAAUUAAACGAUCUCUUUCUGAUCAACCCAUCAUUGACACUGCUACAGCAACAGAGCAGGCAAAGAUGCUGGUGAAAUCUGGAGCUAUCAGUGCUAUCAAGGCAGAAAACAAGAACUCUGGUUUUAAACGGUCCCGAACAUUGGAAGGGAAACUAAAGGAUCCUGAGAAGGGGCCAACCCCUUCAUUCCAGCCUUUUCAACGGAGCGUCUCUGCUGAUGAUGACAACUUGGAGGUCUGUAAGCGUCCACAGAGGAAGAGUCUUUAUGAAAGCUUUGUGAGCUCCAGUGACCGUGAGAAAGAUCGAGAGGAGGAACGUGAAUCAGGAAUGGAGCUGGAUCGCGACAGCUACAGGGACGUUGAGCGGGAUCUCGACCGUGGAAGAGACCGUGACAAAGGCCGAGAUAGGGACCGAGACCGAGAUAGGGACCGAGACCGAGACCGAGACAGGGACCGAGACCGGGAACGGGACCGAGAGCGGGACCGAGAUAGAGAUAGGGACCGAGACCGGGAUCGGGAUAGAGAUCGCGACCGAGAUCGUGACCGAGACCGUGAUCGGGAUCGCGACAGGGAUAGAGACCGAGACCGUGGCAGGGACAGGGACCGAGAUCGGGACAGAGACCGGGAUCGGGAUCGGGAUCGGGACCGGGACCGGGACCGUGAUGGCUCUUAUAGAAGAUAUGACUCUUUCCGUGCACCCCGGAAAGGAAACACCAUCUAUGUGCAUGGCAUGGGGAUGACUGAGGAAAUGCUGAGGAGUUCCUUCUCCAAUUUUGGGACCAUCGUCAACCUGACCAUGGAUAGCCCCAGGAACUGUGCAUUUGUCACUUUUGAGACAAUGGAGUCUGCAGAUCAGGCGAUUGCAGAGCUAGAUGGCAGCAUGGUUGGAGCUGUUUGCUUGAAGGUGAUGAUUGCUCGUAAACAGCUAAUGCUGGAAACAGCCACAGGGAAGUCGGUUUGGGGGAGCCUAGCGGUCCAGAACAGCGCCAAAGGUUCACACCGUGACAAACGUAGCCAGGUGGUGUACAAUGAGGAUUUCCUGAGAUAACACGGGGAGAAUGCACCCAGCAAAAGAAAUGUGAAGAGAAUGAACGACUCCAAGCCGUACCUCUUGGGAGAAAGUGGCUCACCCACCUCCUCUGUUUUUGUAUGGCCCCAACCUUUGCUAAUAUUAUGCAAAAGAAAUUUUAAAGAGAGUCACAUUUAAAUAUGGCACAGAACUUGAGUAGUGUUGCUGAAAACAGAAAUGCUGUUGAAGAUUUUUGUCUUGCCCUCAUGAGGACAAUCAUACUAGAAUGCCCUGUUUCAAAGCACAAACAAUUUAUACUGAAUGAACAAGAUACUGAUAGAUUGUCCAGUAGACUCUGAAUGGUUCAGGCAUUGCUAUGGAGAAUACACCAGGAAUGACUAUCCCCCAAGUUUUUCUUUAAAUUUCGUGAAAGCAAGCCAAUUCUGAUUGGUCAAGGCAUUGCCAUGGGGAACGCUUCCAGCAAUUGUUGUCCCACGUGCUUUAGUUUAAUUGAAAAAUACACAGAACCUCACCUGUUUUGUUCUGUUUGCAGAGAUUGGGAACUUGGUUAUCAACAUAUGUAGCUUCAAGCAAAUGCAAGGAAUUGUAAACUCAACUGAAGAUCUUAAGUUACUUCUUAAUGUUGUUCUCAGUACAUUUAUGUUUCUUCAAAAAAAGUGGCGCCCUACCAUGGAAUAAUACCUAAUGUUGAAUAUUGUGUUCUGAGUUUUGCAAGCAUGGAUCGAGGGGUGCAGUUGGUUAAGUGUGGUCAGAACUUCUUUUUUGUAAACAGCUGAAAGAACUUGUUGUUUGACACAAUCACCAGUGGUUGGGAGAUCUGGCCUGCUUAAUGUGCAUGUUCAAAAAGUGUAGCAUAUGUCCCAACAAUAACGGAUUAUAUCAAACUCCCAUUUAGCCUGCUCACAACAGGCAGGAUACUGACCAGAGUACUUGAUCAGCCUGUGCUGAGAUUACGUAAAUCAGAUUUUCAAUGUGACUCACUAAUGCUUGCCAGAAGCUACAAAGAUUCAUGAGCAGGGCCCUUCUACAGGCAAAAUAAAAUCUGGUCAGGCAAUGGAAUUUCAGUUAAACCAAAGAAUGACAGACGGUGACUCCCUGCUGCUUUCCAAUAGCAAUGCCUCAAGCAAACAGAGUGAACUUGCUUUGAUUGAAUUUAAGCAAAACCUUGGAAGGUAACUGUUCCCUGGUGCAUUCUGAAUGGCUACACCUCAAUCAGACUUUACUUGCCAACUGAUACCCUUUUCUCAUGCAGUUUAUAUUGUUGUUCCCUUUAAAAUGCGGCAUUCUUGUGUCUGGCCUGAUGAGUGUAAGAUGAAAAUGUUUAGCAGCAUAUCUCUUUCUAAGCAAAUACUGGAGUAGCAAAUGCUAAGAGUCAAUCUUUGCAUGUCCAGUCUGCGUGUUUCAAGAGUGGGCCUGGAAACACCCAUCCUCUUUCUUCAUCUGACUUGAGAGCAGGAUAGUGCUGCCUGGCUUCUGAAAACCCGACCAGCUCUGAUUGGCCAGUCAGUUCCACUGUCACCCACUACAGUCCAGCUUUAACAAAUAUAGGAAAUGUUCUUUGUGCUUACCAAUCGUCUCCUUGUUCAUCGACCUUGGCCAUUGGGAAUGGGCUCUUUUCGAGAGCUUUUUAGCCUCUCCUGAUGAGUUUAAUCUUUCAGUCGUGGUAUUAUCUUUGAGAAUUGCAUUUUAGAGAUUCUACCAGUGCCACCCUUUCCUUUAUUUUCUGUCAUCAAGUCCGACUGUAUGGAUACCUGUGCUCCUAACUGGAUCCCAACAGGGGUUAAGUUAUCGGUUGAAUCGGGGAAUUUGUGCUGCACCCCCUCCAGGCCUAGCAUAUUCCUCCUGUGAGUGUUCUAGUGUUGGUGGUACCUGUGCCAGGAGUGUGGGGAGCUAGCAGCAUUAGUGCCUACGAAUCCCGUAAAAUAUGACUGGAUAGUAAAUACAGGGAUCACGUCAAGGUAGGGGAUGAGUUUCAGAUGUGGUUUUAGUAGGUGAAUGGGUGAUCUGAAUGUCACACUAUAUAAGCACAUGCGCAGGCUUUUAUUCCUCAGGUAGUUUGAUUCCACCAUUCUUGUGGCUAGUCAUUCUGAGAGUUCAUGCAGCUUUGUGCGCGAAACUCAUUUUCUCACUGAAUUGGUGUACUGAUGUUCGGAAAGAAUGCUUUUCAGUGGCGAGAGGGGGCAUGCAACACUGAGACUAGUUCAGGUGCCCAGCUAGCAAACCAGUAUCCCAUCCUCGGUACAUACUGCAUUGGUUGUAUCACUGCAAUCCAAUAUAGGUUGAGAAGAAGAAUUUUGUCUUUGGGAGGGUGAGGGUGGUCUGAUUGCACUUGAGGCAGAAGGAGGUUGGGAUCGAGCCUAAUUCUGUGUGUUUCACACUGCCCACUCCUAUCUCCAUCCCCUGCUACCAUCCUUACCCCUACCCUAAACCAAAAGUGGCAGAUAUUCCAUCAGGUGCCCAUUAAUCUUUCAGUGUUGGCAGAAGAAACAUACAGUACGUAACAGGGCCACUGUCACAAAACGAAGUAACCAUUUGCAAAUUUGGGACCUUGCUUGGAAUGCUUGAAGUUCCCAAAAAACAUCCAAUUGUAAAUAUUGCAUCAUUUGUUUUUAUUAAAAUAACUGUUAGAAUA